UUUACCUAGCAAGUGCUCUUCUAUUUCCCCUCCUAAGUGAAUGAAACAGUUUCUGUUUAAAGUUCAAGAUGGUAAAACUUGUAAAGAGUUGCCUGCGAUUAUCCCUCAAGAUCACAAACAUAACAAUAGGAUUUAUGGGCAUUGCAAUGCUUAUUUAUGGUAUAUGGAUGAUUAGAGUUUGGCAGCGCGAUGCAGCCAACUCACCUUCAUCCCCUGAUUAUGCUCAAUUUCCUUGGUUUAUCCAUGCAUUUCUUGGUGUUGGCACUGCUUUGUGUGCAAUCACUUUCCUUGGUCAUGUUGCAGCAAACUCUUCCAACUCCUAUUGCCUCUCAUUUUAUAUGUUCAUCAUAUUUGUUCUUCUUUUAGCAGAGAUUGCAAUUACAGCUGAUGUUUUCUUGAACUCUGAUUGGGAGAAGGAUUUACCAGAAGAUCCAUCAGGAAGGUUUGAUGAUUUCAAGGAUUUUGUGGACUCGAAUAGCGAUAUCUGCCAAUGGAUUGCCCUGCUCUGUGUUCUAACACAGGGGUGUUGUAUCUUAUUGGCUACAAUUCUAAGAACUCUUGGGCAAGUUAAGGAAAAUAGUCAUGAGUAUGAAGGUGAAUAUGCAGAACCAUCAGCUCCACUUCUUCGCCCUCCGGAACUGCCACCAAAUCCUCUGUAUCCAUAUGUUAUUGGUGAACCAGUUCAUAUUGAACCACAUUCUGUCUACAAGAAUGUUUGAGUUUUGGAAGACAAAAGGUUUGUUCAAUUGUUAGAA